CCUGCCUUUACAAGAGUGCAGCCUGCACUGAGGAAAACAAAUGUGUGAAUUACAAGCAGCUGAAGGAUUUUAACUGCACCUGCACUGGAAAUUCUGCUCUGGUUGAUGGAACAAGAGUCAGUGCGAGGGGAGACUGCCUUAAAACCUAACCUAUCUAAAAACCAUAUGGGACUACAGCUGGGAAACUCUGCUAAAGAAAGACAAGUAGCUGGAAAUAAUGCAAUUCUGUAACAAAGGAAGAAGAUAGAGCUACUGUCUUCAGCCUCAGUGGAGAGCAGAAAACAGAUCAAUCUGCCUCUAAAAUCAACAUGUCUCAGGAACAGGUUGAGGCCACAUCAACUGGCAAUUUGUAUUUGUAAUCCUUGUUAAAGAUGGCUUGAGCCAAAAAGACCAGUAUCUCCUGCACCCAGCAAUGCUUCCAUGAAAAGUGACUGGUCCAAGGGUGAACCUCCCAGCUUCAAUAAAGGAGAACUGGGGCCGCUUGAGGAAAAGAGACCAGUUUCCCCAGUAUCCAGCAAUGCUUCAAUGAAAAGUGACUGGUCCAAGGGUGAACCUCCCAGCUUCAGUAAAGGAGAACUGGGACUGCUUGAGCCAAAAAGACCAGUAUCUCCUGCACUCAGCGAUGUUUCCAUGAGAAGUGACAGGUCCAAGGGUGAUUCUCCCAGCCUCAGUAAAGGAGAACUGGGGCCGCUUGAGGAAAAGAGACCAGUUUCCCCAGUAUCCAGCAAUGUUUCAAUGGAAAGUGAAGGAGAACUGGGGUAGGACAUUUUGGUUAUGUUGGAUGUUUUGCCUCUUUUCCUCUGCAUGGUACAGCUCUACUCACUAGUUCUUGACUUGCUCCUUUUUAGUUUUCCAUUUGGCAAAAGUUAUGGAUAGCAGCGUUGAAGUAUCUGAGGCCAUUUUUCAAAGGUUUCAGUCUUGUCCUACCCUGGAAAUUCAGAGUUCUCGCGAGAGCACAAUUUGAAUUUGCUCAGCGAGUCACUCUGGGAAUCAGUAAUGAUGCUCAUAACCAUGCCAUUGGAGCCAAACUGCAACAAUCACAUCAGUGUAUCUGAUAUAGGCCAGAGGUGAGCUAAACAUAUGACGACAGCGCUGCGACGACGAAGUCUGGAAUCAGUCAGUAAACAUUGCAAGAUGGCUACGGAUAAACACCAGUUGUUUGAAACGGCUUUGGCCGCUACAGUGAAUGAGUUAGACGGAUACGGCAAGAGUCUAAUCUACCAGUUAGCUCCUCUGGUAGCUAAGCGUAUAUGUCACCCCUCAAUACGUCAUACGUAUUGUUCUGAUUGGUCGUAGUGUUAUCUAAUUGAGUGCAGUGAUAUUUUCAAAUGUAUGCUUGGUGCCGCCCCUCGAGUUGGGCCAUUUUCAGUACUCAUAGCCAGAGCCUAAAUCUUUCUAGAUUUGGGUCUGGAUUUCCAGGUUAGUCUUGUCCAGGAUUUGACCACAUUUUUACUUGGUCUUGUCUGUCUCAGGGAAAGAGGACUUGGAAUUGUAUUUCAAGUUUUUGUUAACUUGUAGAAGACAAAGGAAAAAUCCCAAAUAUUGAAUUCACCUCUGCAAUGCCUUUGGAUUAGUUUAUCAAUCAGCAUUUUAUUGGGUCAUGAUUUGUAUCACGGCAAACAAUGCACAACAACGCUGAAAUUUGGUCCACUUCUAAUUAUGAUCAGAAAUGGGCUCAGUUUUUACCAUGUAUGCCAAGCCUAAGAUAAAGAGGUUUAUUGUAGGAUCAUGGUGAUAUUGACAUUUGAGUUUAUGUAAACAAGUGGAGCUCAGUUCUUGCUCGAAGACAUUCACAUGAAUUGAGCUUAUAGGGAAAACAUCGAAACAGUGAGGUAUAAUAUAAAAAUACUACAUAUUAUAUAUAUUAUUCAUGGUAUAAUAUAUAUAAACAAGGUCCAAACUUUUUUGAAUAGGGGCCAGAAUAAAUCAUGUUAAAUAUCUGGGCGCCAGCAGAUUCUCACAUUAUAUGGGUUAUUCAAAAACAAAAACAAAAACAACAACAAAAAAAAACUGUCUAACUUGUCUACUUUACUAUAACUAACCAAUAACUUUCACAGGACUUCAAUAAGAUCAUCAAUAUCACACCAAACAUUAGUUCAAAGUUCAGUCAAGUGCAUUUAGCUGUUAUACCUAAAAUAUUUACAUGAAAUAUAAAACUCUCAGUUAUCAAAGAUGAUCAUUUUAAAAUAGUGGUGUAUACAGGAGCCUACUUGAUUAUAACUAACCCACAACUUACACAGGUCUUCAAAAGUUCAUCAAUAAUACAUUGCACAGUUCAGUUUAUCCAUGCAGAGUCCAAUAUUUAAAACCGACACCUCAAUAAGUACAUUAAAAGCAAACCAAAGGAUUAAACAAUAACAAAAUAAUUCAUUCACAUAAGAAAUUGAAAUUCAAAUAAAACAUGCAACAUGCAUGAACAUAUUUGUGACCCUGUCACUCCAAAACUGAAAUAUGGAAUUGCAUUUUGAAGGUAAAUCAAACCAGAUUCUUCUACUGCUAUUCUAUUUUUUCCUCCUCACGACAAAUGGUUCCCAGAUGUAAACAACUUAUUUAGCAUUCAGUGGGUUUUUUGUUUACAUUGUGUGUCCUGCAAGUGCUGCACAGCAACUGUCCUGAGCAUUUUAAGGACUUUAUCAAUAUACUUUUACAUUUGUGAUAUAAUACAUUUUAUGAAAAAAAAAAGAAAACCCAGAGCAACCAGAUGUGCAUGUCUGUUUUUGGCUACUCCAAAAAAUGAAAUACUUUAUAGAUUAAAUUACUUCAUCACGCUGAUGCAAAACUCAUAUUACACAACCAGACAUACUAUAUUGGAAAGACUGACAAAGCAGUGAAAAUGGUAUGUAUAUUUUCUGACAGUUGAGAAAUGUAUAUAUCAUUUGUGUAAGUUAUAAAGAACAUAAUGAAAUCUUACACUUUGGGAUUGUCACGAAUGCAGCAAGUUAAAUACAUAAGACAUUGACAAGCUUUUGAAAUUCCCAUUUAUUAUAAAUGCAGUAUUAGUGACCCACUGGAUGUGGGCGGGGCUGGAUUGUUCAGCUUUGCCUUACUGCAGGCCGCAGCCAUACAUUUUAAUAAAAACUAAUUUAGAUACUGGGUGCCACAAUGGUGCCUAUUCAUUCCAAUGGAGUAGCUCACCUGCAGCACACGCCAAAAAAGUUUUCUAGCUUUUGGGUUUACUUCCAUGGGCCGCAGGGGAUUUUUUCGCUGAAGUACCAUGAGUGACCACUGGAAAAUAUUUGCUGCCAGGUUGAGUGGCUGUCUCACCGCAGUUAGUACUACUUGUCUUGGUCAUGACUCUCAAUUCAAGUGGUCUUGGUUACAACACCGCUUGAUACCGAAAGCUAGUAGAACAGGGUCGAGCUGAGCUGUACCAUACGGUGGGAAUGAGGCUUGAGUGAGUCAAAGACAGAGAGAAACUCUAUUAAAGAGAACGACAAGUCAGAGUAGUAAGAUAAUUACUUCCCACCUUGAAGCUCAACAAUAAUGUCACACAUUUAAAAUGUUUGUUUUUGUGAAAUCACUAAAAUGAUCCUGUCUCUCCUGCACCCAACAACAAUUCUGAGGAUGAUCCUCUCAACUUCAUGCCUGAGUCAAACAGUGCCUCCAAGAAAACUGUGCCCAAACACAGCAAAGACAAAGAAGUCAAAGACAAACUCACAGCAGACCUGAAGAAGAAAAUCCUCACUCAGCAUGAAGAGAAACUUAAACUGGACACUGACACAGAAAUCUACGAGAUACAAGCUGACAAAAUCGAGAAAGCUAAAGCACAAACCUUUAAGGAAUUCUUUUCUGGUGUGAAGAAAAAGAAAGUAAGAACAGUACUAAUGAAAGGAGUGGCUGGCAUUGGUAAAACAUUUCAAACAAGUUUGUUUGUGGUGGACUGGGCAAAAGGAAACUCCAACACAGAGAUAGAUUUGAUAGUGUCAUUGAACUUCAGUGAGCUGAAUUCAAAAAGAGACAAAGUUCAAACCAUGAAAGAUCUGAUUCGUCAUUCCAUCAAUGAUAAACAAGGAGUUUACAAGUACGACAAAUGUAAAGUAGCUUUUGUCCUUGAUGGCCUGGAAAAAUAUGAACUUCCUCUGGAUUUUGCAAACAACGAGGAGAUGACCGAUAUGGAAAAGCCAGCCACGAUGGAUGUGUUGCUAACAAACCUCAUCAAGGGGAAACUGCUUCCCACUGCUCAUCUCUGGAUCAUCUCUCAACCCUCAGGAGUUGAUAAGAUUCCUCCUGAAUAUAUUGACAAAGUGACAGAAUGUCGAGAGACCUCAAAGCGACGGCAGAAGCUGGCGUCAGCAUUGAGAGAAAGGUUUCUGAAAGAAAUCACUCAAGAUGAAGACUUAAAUCAUCCUAACCAGAAACACACAGAACACAUCAUUAGAGAAGACAGAAGUGGUGAGGUCAAUGAUGAAGAGAAAAAUGGAUGUCCUGCGGCAAAGUCAGUGAUCCAAGUGAACUCAGUAUCUGAUAUCUUCAAAGACGGAAAAGGACAAAAGAUCAGAACUGUGCUGACCACUGGAGAAGCUGGGAUUGGGAAAUCUUUCCAUGUGCAGAAAUUCAUAAAAGAGUGGGCCAGAAAUGACAAUAAGUCAAUUUUAACUUGGUUGAUAGAUGCAGCAAAGGCAAGGAUAUAUGGAAAAGAAGAGGCAGCUGUAUUUCCACUUCACAUCUCUAAGCUUAAUUUGAUAAAAGAAGAAAAAGUCAGUUUGAUGGGACUUCUUAAUCAUUUCUUCAAGGAAACCAAAGAAUUUGUGAUCUCUAACUUUGAACAUCUGAAAGUUUUAUUUGUUUUGGAUGGAUUGGAAGCUUAUCAGCCUCCUCUUGACUUUGACAACAACAAGACCUUGACUGAUGUCAGAGAGCCAGCUUCAGUGGAUGUGCUACUGACAAACCUCAUCAGAGGAGACCUGCUUCCUUCUGCCCGGCUCUGGAUGACCUCCCGGAAGAAGCUGCCUGAUGCACCUGUCGACAGGAUGACAGAAAUACGAUGUAAGCCUGAUGUUGAAAGUCAACACACGCUCAAAUCUCAGCUGAAGGAGCAAUUUACCCAUGUUCCUGAGGGGAUGGAUACGCAGAAAACCUCUGCUCUUCUAAACGAAAUCUACACAGACCUCUACAUCAUAGAGGGAGAGAGAGGAGAGGUCAAUGUUCAGCAUGAGAUCAGACAAGUUCAAGGUGCAAAGUUCAAACCAGAGGGACAAGAAACAUCAAUAAAAUAUAAUAACAUCUUCAAACAGUCCGGGGAAAAUAAACCAAAAAUUAGAACAGUGCUAACGUUGGGAGUGGCAGGCAUUGGAAAAACAUUUGCUACAAAGAAGUACAUGCUGGACUGGGCUGAGGAUGAGGACCACGGGGAUGUAUUUUAUAUGUUUCCACUUUCUUUCCGGGAGCUGAAUUUGAGAAAAGAGCAAGAGCACAGCUUGGAGGAUCUCAUUCACCAGUUUUGUCCAGCUAUGAUGACAUCCGAAAUAACGGACUAUAACAAGUACAGAAUUCUGAUUGUCCUUGAUGGUCUCGAUGAAUGUCGCCUCACGCUUGACUUCAAUGAAAGUAACAAGUGGACAGAAGUGAGAAAGCCAACCUCAGUGAAUGUACUGCUGACAAACCUCAUUCAAGGAAAUCUGCUUUCGGAAGCUCAAAUCUGGAUCACCUCCCGACCUGCAGCAUCCAACAAUAUUCCUGCUGAUAAAGUUGACCGGGUGACAGAGGUGCGAGGAUUUAAUGAUGAGCAGAAGGAGGAGUACUUCAGGAGGAGAUUCAGUGAUAAAGUUAUGGCUGAGAAAAUCUUGUCCCAUGUCAGGAAAUCAAGGAGCCUUUACAUCAUGUGUCACAUCCCUGUCUUCUGCUGGAUCACAGCAAACGUUCUGGAGGACUUUGUGAACAGAAACCAAGAAGAAAGAAUGCCCAAGACUCUCACUGACAUGUACAUUUACUUUCUUGUCUUGCAAUGCAGACAGGCUAAUGUGAAGUAUGGUGAGGAUGAAACAGGCGAAGGCUCUGAGAGAGGUUCGUGCUGGAAUACCAGGAACAAGGAAACGAUCAUGUCUCUGGGGAAACUGGCAUUUGAAGGGCUACAGGAAGGAAACUUUGUCUUCACUGAGGAAAACUUGACUGAGUGCAGUGUUGACAUCACAAAAGCUGCAGUCUUCUCUGGAUUAUUCACUCAGAUCACACGAGAGGGCCCUGGGCCGUGCCAACAAAAAUUGUUCUGCUUUGUCCAUUUGAGCAUCCAUGAGUUCCUGGCAGCUUUUUAUGUCUUUCACACAUUCAACAACACAGGUGAAAAUCUGCUGACCGUGCCUGCUUCAACAGUUGAAGCCUUGCCUGCUGCAGACUUCUACAAGAUAGCGGUGGAUAAGGCUUUGGGUAGCCAAAAUGGAGACUGGGAUCUGUUUCUCCGCUUCCUGCUAGGUCUCUCCCUGGAGACAAAUCAGAAUCUACUGCAAGAGUUGCUGAAGAAAACAGAAAACAACAAAGAAACCAACGAUGACACCAUUCAGUACAUCAAAGGAAAGAUCAGAGAAGAGAACAGUGAUGCUGAUAAGAAUUGCAAUCUUUUCCACUGUCUGAAUGAGCUGAAUGACCACUCUCUUGUUGAGGAAGUGAAAACGUAUCUGCGAUCAGAAACAGUCACAUUUGAAAAUUUCUCUCCCUCCCAGUGGUCAGCUCUGACUUUUGUGCUGCUGACAUCAGAUGAGAAGUUUGAUGUGUUUGAUUUGAAAAAGUACCGGAAAUCAGACGAAGUUCUUCUAGGAAUGUUGCCUGUGGUCAAAGUCUCCAAAACUGCUUUGCUGAGUUGGUGUGAGCUCUCUGAGAAAUCCUGUAGCGGUCUGUCAUCCUCAGUCCUCAGCUCCGCAUCCUGUAAUCUCACAGAGCUGAACCUGAGUCACAACGACCUGCUGGAUUCAGGUGUGCAGAUGCUUGCUGAUGGCCUCCAGAGUAUACACUGUAAACUGGAGAUUCUCAAGUUGUCAGGUUGUCAGGUGACAGAGAAAGGAUGCUCAUCCCUGGCCUCAGCUCUCAGGUCCAAAAAUGCCUCCACACUGAAACAGUUGGAUCUCAGUUACAAUCACCCAGGAGCUGAUGGGAAGAAGAUGCUCUCUGAUAUAGCUGCGGAUCCAAAUAUGAGUCUGGAGACUCUCUGUUUGGAGCAUGAUGGAGCGCAUCGGUUAAAGCCAGGGAUGAACAAGUAUGGUGUACACCUGAAGCUUGAUGAAAACACAGCAGGCAAAAGGCUUUCUGUGUUUGAAGGGAACAGAAAAGUAAAAACUGUAGAGAAGGUGGAGGAGAAGGUGCCCCAACCUGAAAACACUGAAAGGUUUAAGAGGUCGCAGGUGAUUUGUGAGGAGGGCCUGAAAGGCCUCUGCUACUGGGAGGUGGAGUGGGAAGGGACAGUCGGCAUUGCAGUGACGUAUGAAGCAGUGGGUAGGGGAUGUGACAGCAGUGGUGGCCUGGGAUGCAAUGAGGUGUCAUGGAGCCUGCUCUGCUCGAAGUCUGGAUACAUUCCAUUACAUGGGAAGGAAUCCAAAACUAUUGAUACUAAGGAAAAGCCCAAAGUGCCCCUUCGUCACAAAAUAGCAGUGUUUCUGGACUGGGAAGGUGGUACUCUGACUUAUUACGGUGUCGCAUCAGGAAAGCUGAGCCACAUACACACCUUCCGUGCUGAAUUCAAAGAGCCAGUCUUCCCAGGCUUCUGGUUUAAGAAGGGCUCUGCCACUUUGUGUGAGACAGACUGAACCCCUCUGAGAUGGGGAAAAGUACUGUAGUGAUCCCUUGAUGCUCAUCUCCACAUUUCAGUACAUUAGCAAAAGCUCAUCUGCAUGAUUUCAGUACCAUAAUAUACAACUAUUUUGUGCCGUUUUUCCUUUACCUGUUCAUACUGUACUCAUACUCAUACAUUAUGAAAGAAGUGAAGUCGUUAAUUAAAUGAUGUGAUGAAGAAAACAAAUACAGCUUUUUGUAAAACUUUGAAAUAUACAUUUUACCAGUUUUUUUCAAUCUGUAGUCAAAUCAUCUUUGCAUACAAAACAUUUACCUCCUUGUCAUCUUUUUCAUAAAUAUGCAGCAGCGGAGCCUUCUGUAGGCAACAUAGGCAGUUGCUGUUUAUUUGAGUUCAUUUCUAAAGAGGAAACUUGCUUAGGGUGCCAAAUGUGCCUGGCACUGCAAAUAUGUUUUCUUAUAAUGCAUUGUAGAUUGUGUGUAAAUGAUCAUUCUGACACUACAGAGGACAACAAUGAAAAUUGCUGUAAGAUUUUUAAUACGUGUACUGUUCAUUCCUCCUUGCUUGAAUUGACAAAAGUAUGAGGGAGCUCCUUAAAGAUUUACUAUCCAGGACUUUCUUUAAAAACCCUCUCAGUCAUUACUUAAGUCUUCUAGAAAUGUGUGGUGCUGUGUUUUUUUUGCACAUAUUCUGCCCUCUACCUGUAGUAUCUUAUAUUCUUUUUAUUUUCCAUGUUUGGUACUAUUAUGGCUGUGUACCCCCCACAGCACUCAGGUGAGGUAAGGGCUUUAAAAAAAGGUAGCAACCAGCUGCCAGACAGAGACACAGUGCCGAAAAAAUGCAAAUAUAGCAAGGUGAAAUGAGAGUGAAUGUGGCUUUUGGCUUUUACUUUAACUGUGCUGGUGUGUAUAUAAACAGUAAUGGACAAUCCUGCAUAGUGUACUUCUAAACUCGGUGGAAGUACGAGUGUAUAUACAGACUGAAGCAAAUGUACAGCAUUUAACCAGCCUUACUCCUGUCUGCUGCAGUACUUUUGUUCCACUAGAGUUCCAAAGAUAUUAUAAUGAAACUUUUAGGAUUUGAUGUAUUUCAUGUUAGAAUGUGUCAAUGUGACUAUUAGACUGUGAUAAAAUGGAAGUGACAUGUCUAACCUGCUGUUUAUUAGUAAAGAUCCAUUGUACUACUGACAUAAUAUGUUAACACAUUUUUCUUUUUUAAAUUUAGUUUAGAGCACAGAUGUUAAUUUUUGAUUUUUUUAUGUGCACAGUGAUAAAGAAUCUAUCAAAUCCAUGAUAUUCUUAAGACUGAAAUAUGUUGACUAAUGAGAUUGUGAUGUAAAGAUAUAGAAACGUUUCUCUCAUUCAUGUUGUUAUGCCUUUAAAAAAUAAAGC